CUGUUAUAACAACAACAAGGCUUAUCAAAAUUUCAAGUCUUUGAUGAACCCAGGUCCCAAAAGACUCGCUCUUUUCUUCAGCUCAUGAUGGACUCCAGGUCGGUGCGGUUCUUGACCCACCAGUCCUUCUUCUCCGCCGUCCGAUCCGGCGACCUCGACUCCGUGAAGCAGCUGGUGGAGAAGCUCGCCAGCGACGGCGAGGGGUCCACGGUGGCUGAUCUGAUGGCGAUGAAGAACGACGCAGAAGAGACGGCGCUGUACGUGGCCGCAGAGAAUAAUCUGGAGGAGGUGUUUGGGUACUUGAUCAAGUUCUGUGAUGUGGAAGUGGCUAAGAUCAGGUCCAAGGUGGACAUGAACGCUUUUCAUGUUGCUGCUAAGAAAGGCCAUUUGGGUAUUGUGAAGGCGCUGGUGGCAAAAUGGCCUGAGCUGUGUAAAGUAUGUGACUCGACAAACACUAGUCCCCUUUAUUCAGCUGCUGUUCAGGAACAUUUGGAUGUUGUCAACACCAUCUUGGAUGCGGACAUCAGCUCAAUGAGGAUAGUGAGGAAAAAUGGUAAAACUGCAUUACAUACAGCUGGAAGGUACGGGUACCUAAAGAUUGGGCAGACGCUUAUUGAUAGAGAUCAAGGAAUAGUGUGUAUCAAGGAUAAAAAGGGUCAAACCGCACUCCAUAUGGCUGUAAAAGGUGACUGCACUUCAAUUGUAGAGGAAAUACUACAUGCUGAUCACUCAAUACUAAACGAACGUGACAAGAAAGGCAAUACAGCUGUGCAUAUGGCGACAAGGAAAGGCCGUUCAGAGAUAGUGAGCCUUUUAUUGAGUUUCAAGGAUGCUGAUGUCAAUGCUAUCAAUAAUCAUCACGAGACUGCCAUGGAUUUGGCAGAUAAACUACAAUAUGGAGGUUCUCGAUCAGAAAUUAUAGAAGCACUGGCAGAAGUUGGUGGCAAGCAUGCAAAACAUGUUGGACAAGUGGAUGAAGCAAUGUUACUCAAGAGAACUGUGAGUGAUAUUAAGCAUGAGGUGCACUCACAGUUGUUACAAAAUGAAACAACUCGGAGAAGAGUUUCUGGCAUUGCCAAAGAACUUAAGAAACUUCAUAGAGAAGCUGUCCAGAACACUACCAAUUCUAUCACAGUCGUUGCUGUUCUUUUUGCCUCAAUAGCCUUCUUGGCCAUUUUUAACUUGCCUGGCCAAUAUAUAUUGAGUGGACCUGAAGCAGGGAAGGCUAACAUAGCCGAUAAAGUUGGUUUCCAAGUGUUCUACCUACUGAACGCCACAGCUCUCUUCAUUUCUCUUGCUGUUGUCGUGGUUCAGAUCACUUUGGUGGCUUGGGACACAGGGGCGCAGCAGCAAGUCGUGUCAGUUGUCAACAAACUAAUGUGGGCGGCUUGUGCGUGCACUUGUGGGGCUUUUCUGGGGAUAUCUUUCGUGGUUGUUGGAGGAGGCAGUUCCUGGAUGGCAAUUACUGUAACAGCUGUGGGAGCACCAAUCCUCAUUGGCACUCUUGCGAGCAUGUGCUACUUUGUUUUCCGACGACACUUUGGGUCAUUCCGGCGUGACUCUCAGAGACGCAUCAAAAGGGCCGGCGGAAGCAAGUCCUUUUCCUGGUCCUACUCUGCUAAUAUCUCAGUUCUCGACGAUAAUGAAUAUAACUCCGACUUUGAGAAAAUAUAUGCUUUGUAAACCCUAUACAUCUCAGCUAUCCUGUUUAUAUCGUGAGAGUAAGUCUCUGUUUCAUGUGCUUGUACACGUCUGUGACAAUUGAUCUUAGAAUUCUGUAUACUUGGUGUAACUAUUAUAGUGAUCAGUACAAGGUUAACAUCCA